GUCUUCUGUGUCCUCAUGGAUUGCCGGUUGGUCUGCUCUGUCUCCAAAUACAGUGACAUUCUGAGGUACAGAUAUAGGACUUCAGCAGGAAUUCUGGGAGAACAUGAUGCAGCCCCAUGCAAAUUAGGGAAGUUGAAAUACUGCCUUGUGGUUCUGAAUCAGCCUCUGGACAAAUGUGUUCGUCAUCUUUGGAGCAAAGCUCUUUUAAGAGCCUGUGCUGAUGGAGGUGCCAACCGCUUAUAUGAUACCAUGGAAGGAGAGAGGGAAAGCUUUUUGCCUGAAUUCAUCAGUGGAGACUUUGAUUCUAUUAGGCCUGAAGUUAAAGAAUAUUAUGCCGUCAAGGGAUGUGAGAUUAUUUCAACGCCUGACCAAGACCAUACCGACUUUACCAAGUGUCUUGAACUGCUCCAAAAAAAGAUAGAAGAAAAAGACUUACAGGUGGAUGUAAUUGUGACCUUGGGAGGUCUUGGUGGGCGUUUUGACCAGAUUAUGGCAUCUGUGAGCACCCUGUUCCAAGCUACGUGCAUCACUCCUGUGCCAAUUAUAAUAAUCCAAGAGGAAUCUCUCAUCUACCUGCUUCAGCCAGGAAAGCACAAAAUGCAUGUAGAUACUGGAAUGGAAGGUGAUUGGUGUGGCCUUAUUCCUGUUGGACAGUCUUGCAAUCAUGUUACGACAACAGGCCUGAAGUGGAACCUCACAAACAACAUGCUUGGUUUUGGGACACUGGUCAGUACUUCCAAUACCUAUGAUGGAUCUGGUGUCGUGACCGUGGAAACGGACCAUCCACUCCUCUGGACCAUGGCCAUCAAAAACUGACCCAGCACCUGGCAUCCACAGCCAGGCCUCUGAUUUACCUCAUCUGCCGCCGACUUAUUGCUCAACAAGAACUUUGAUUUACAGAAAUUUACACCUCUCCAUGGGAAGCCCAGUAGUUUUAAAGAUGUUAAUGUUUAGAUAAUCCAGGUAACACAAAUGACAGAUCCCAAUUUUACAGUGAGGGAAAAAAAUGAUUAUUUGUGAAGAAAGUAAAUAAGCUCUAUUACAUUCACUUGGAAAACUUGUGGAUUAUUCCCCUAUAAAAUUCAGUACCGAUUAUUAUCAUUCCAUUUAUCCUAGAGAAUUGUUUUUGAUUUUGAAGCUGAGAAAGUUCUCGGUUGAGGGUCCUUGGUGUUUAACACAUCAGCCGCCUCCUGCCCAUCCUUAAAUCCUUACACCGAAGGCUACGUCUGAGUGUUAAUGCUAGAGUCCUCUGUAUAAUACGGGAAAAAAUUUCCUUUCAGAGUGGGAUGUCAGAAUGGCACCGUUUUGCCCUGGCCUUACCUGUCUUUGGUAUUAUCCUUUAAAAAUAAAUCAAGAAUCAUUGACCUAAUUAUUAAAUUUGAAAACAGGCAGCCAUAGGUGAAGAGAGAAACGGCAUGAAAGGUGAAUGACAGUUCAUAAAGCCCUACUGAUGCUUUCACCCCAAGCUCGGCUCUGAGCUGAGUGCACUAGGCUCCAGUGGAGUGACAGAUGAGAACUGCCCUCAUUGGAAUUACAACCAAGGCUGAAGAUGUUGUGCAGAGGAAACUCAUGCACGAAAACUGAAUUGCUUCUGACAUUACUCAGUCUGAAAAAGCAUUGGUUCACAGGCCCCAAAGUUAAUGCAGAGGACCAGGAAAUGAGUUUGACACCUAGUAGUAAGAAUCUGGGUCUGAAAGCCUGAGCUCCUGUCCUGGUCCAGCCAUUCACCCAAGUUCCCGGAACCUUGUCCUGAGCCAGAACCUGGGAGGGGCUGGCGGGGUGAUGCUGCAGCUUCCUCCCGCUCCCCCCCUGCCCAGGUUCUAGACCCUGACACCUGGCAGUUACCCAGCAGAGAAUGCACAGCAUUACCGGCUCAGCGGUUCAAACCACAUGGGGCACUGAAAUGCACUCUUGUUUCUUUUAUAAUGAGACCCUCAUCUCUCUUCUUACCCUUUUCUAUCCUAUUUACCAAAUGAAAUGGUGUCAUACAAACCAUGACGUGAGGAGAACCCACCCACUCGGUUUUAUGAACGCACAUCCCCAUUUUGCUCUCAAGGACCAGCAGCUCUUUCCUUCCUGGUGUUACAAUAAAGCAAGAGUUGGAUUUUAAGUGGAGCGUGAAAGGGGAAUCAGUUGCGCUGCAUGCAGUUGUGAAGGUUCACCAUGAGAGGUCAGUUGUGAUUAUUACGCAAAUAUAGGAGGUUGGAAUCCGAUGUCAAAUAAAAAUACUUAGUUACCAGUGUG